AUGCAAGUAUUCACGGGAAAUGCAGAUAGCAAGAUGCUGGUGGAGGAUUGGAUUCGCGACCUGCAGUAUCUGUUGGAUGCACUUGACCUCCCCACCCACCUCCGGUUCUCCACAGUAGGGCGACACUUGAGUGGUGAAGCCAGGAAGCUGGUCCUGAACCUCCAUCCCACUCACCAGACCCCAAAGAUAGCCUUUGGUGAGCUCAGAGCAGAUUAUGGCGACAUUCAAAGUUUCUUCGAUCCACUGGCUGACUUUUAUGAGUGCAGCCAGAGGCCCGGAGAGUCAGCCUGUUCAUACGCUAUUGCACUAGAGGCAUUACUGCGUGGGGUUGAGGAAGACCAGCAACAUGGCAAACCUUUCUCUGAUCGAGACAGCAAGCUCACCUGCCAGUUCUUACAGGGGUUGAUUGACGAAGAGGUAUAUGCUUGUAUUGCACCAAUAAAACCAAGACUUUUGAGUUUCCACGAGUUGCAGGCUGAACUUCGAGACCUGGCCAGAGAAACCAGAAAGUUCGAUCCCCACCGCAGAAAUAAGAAACCAAUGUCCCAGAUGCACCUCGCACAGGCGGGUGGUGCCCCCACGAUGGCAGAUAGGAUGAAACAAGCCUCUGGACUGGCAGAACUGACUGAGAUGGUCAAGAAGCUGGCUCUAAGCCAAGAGGAGCAAAUAAUUAAGCUGUCACAACUGGCAUCCAGGAUAACUGCCUCUGAACCCCCUGCCAUCCAGCCUGCAACCCCCCCUUCACAAUGCAGACCAUUAGCGGCGUCUGGAAAGGCAUUGUACAUGUGUGUCACUCCUCUCCACAUUGCUGUGGUGAAUCAGAACAUCAGUUUGGUCCAUCACCUCAUUAGUCAUGGUGGUGAUGUGGCUACACCUAGAGCCACUGGGCUGUACUUUCGGAAGAGGAGAGGAGGACUCAUUUACUUUGGUGAGCAUGUCCUAUCUUUUGCUGCAUGUACUGGGAAUGAGAACAUUAUCUCUAUGGUCAUUAACCAGGGGGCCAGCACCAGGGUCCAGGACUACCUAGGCAACACAGUACUUCACAUUUUGGUUCUGCAGCCCAACAAGAUAACUGCCUGCCAGACCAUUGACCUGAUAAUGGCACAUGAUACAAAGCUGGACCAUUCUGUGCCACUCGACAUGGUGCCCAACCUCCGAGGCCUAACACCAAUGAAAGUGGCUGCCAAAGAGGGAAACACUGUGGUAUUUCAGCACCUUGUUAAUGAAAGACAUGUAGUCCACUGGAGUCUGGGCCCUUUGACUUCUAACCUCUAUGACCUGACAGAGAUCGAUUCCUGGGCUGGCAACAUGUCAGUGCUGGAGCUUAUUGUGAGGAGCCACCACAAAGAGGUCAGGACACUACUGGAGGUGACCCCAGUGAAGCAGCUGGUCAGUCUGAAGUGGAACCUGUAUGCAAAACAUUACUUCAGGCUCCUGAUGAUUGUGUAUCUGCUCUACAUCUUGAUCUUCACACUGUGUUGUGUAUUCCGCCCUCUGAAGGACAUUCCAGAGAACUACACACAAUCAGACAGAGACAAAACCAUCCGGAUCCCAAAAUCACUCAAAGAAAGUUAUGUGACACCUCAGGACAAAGUGCGACUGGCAGGCGAGAUCGUCAGCCUCCUGGGAGCUGUUGCCAUUUUGUUGCUUGAGGUCCCCGAUAUAGCGAGAUUUGGUGUAAAGCGUUAUUUUGGCCAGACAGCACUGGGAGGCCCCUUCCAUGUCAUCCUUAUCACCUUCGCAUGUUCGGUACUGUUGCUGCUGGUGUUCAGAGUCUGUGAUGUGCAACGAGAAGGCGAUGUGAUGGCAGUGUGUUUGGUUUUCUGCUGGUGCAAUGUCAUGUUCUUCUCUCGAGGAUUUCAACUGAUUGGUCCUCAUGUCAUCAUGGUACAGAAGAUUAUACUUGAAGAUCUGGGGACGUUUAUGUUGCAGUUGUUCAUUCUCACAAUUGCUUUUUCCAGCGGCAUAUGGAUAGUGUAUAUGACCCAGGACCCUGCUGCUAUGCCUACGUUUGUCAACUUCCCCAUUAUUCUUUACACUGAGUAUGAGUAUUGUUUGAGCAUGCUGAAUAUUCUUUGGGACCCCACCAUCUAUACACCACCCAUGGCUUUUGUGUUACUCGUUGUCUUCUCAAUAAUCGCUGGCGUCCUUUUUGUAAAUCUACUGAUAGCCAUAAUGACUGAUACAGAGUGGGAUGUGUCGCAGGACAAAGAUCUGCUUUGGAAAAUUCAGGUGGUGUCUACAAUUUUAAUGCUGGAAAGGAAGCUGCCGCGCUGUCUGUGGCCUCGUCUUGGGGAAUGUGGACUAAAAUACGGCCUGAAGGACACCUGGUAUUUCAGGCUUGAAGAGACAAAUGACCAAAUAAUACAAAAUAUGAGACAAUACUUCUCAAAGCAAAAUGAAAGAAAGAAAAAGGAAAGCCUAGACAAGACUGGCCCAGUAAAGGGGGCGUUCUUCAGGAUCCCUGAUCCCAAACCUCAAAACGUUGACAGGAAGGCUAAAAGGGUGGCACCUGAUUCAUCGCAGCACUUUGGAUUUGGAGAUGAAGCUGAAAUAUUUGGAGGACAAAGACUUUAACCCUAUGUAUAUACAGUAUGUCUAUGAUAUGAUUCUGUCUGUGAGCUUGAAAUGCAUUUCUGUGCAUUUUCAUUUUCUGAAAUGCCCAAUUAUUGCAAAGAGAAAUAAUCAUUGAUACAGAGAAAAUCUCUCCUGAAUAAUUCUCCUAUCUUUGUCUAUAAGUGGC